ACACAUGGUAGUGCAAAUAGCAAAAAAAGGUGUGGACAAGAAAAAGCAAAAGGAAAGAAGGCUGCUGCGGUAUCGCAUUCCCUUCUUUUGUCUUCCUUCUCUCGGAAUUUCCUCUCUUUCCUCCUCCUAGGGAUCGAAGGGUAAGCAGCCAAACCCACCUAACCACCCACCUACCCCACUCAUCCACAGUCCAAUCUAAUCGGCCAUGGAUUGAUCGUUAAGCUGCUCAAUUCUCACUUAUUGUCACUCAGGGUUUCAGUCAUUUUGUUUGUCUGUUUUUGCUCGAUCUCUUACUUGUCUGUUGGUUUAAGCUCACUUUCUGCUCGUUGAGGAAUUAGCGGUUAGGUGAUGAACUCGCAUUGCACAGCUGUAUCACAUUCAACUCAUUAAAAAAAAGUGCUUUCUGCUAUGGAAGAUUCUGAAUCAGUUGCAACACUCAUGGACUCAACAACGUCUAAGAUACAUCAACUUCAGAAAGCAUUUGCUGAACUUGAAAGUCACCGGGCUGUAACACUCAACCUGAAAUGGAAAGAACUUGAGGAGCAUUUCCAUGGGCUUGAAAGAUCUUUGAAGAGGCGGUUUCAUGAGUUGGAAGAUCAAGAAAAGCAGUAUGAAACCAAAACUAGGAGAGCCAGGGAAAUAUUAGAGAAACGAGAAGCUGCUGUUGUGGCCAAAGAACAAGUUUCAUUGGAGAAACUCCAAGAGAAACGAGAUGCUGCUAUCUUCUCCAUUUCGAAUGCUCUACAGAAGCACAGGAAGGUAUCUUCUGUGGAACCUGCUGUUGUGUCCUAUGAUGACCAAUUUGGAUCACCGGCUAUUGAUGACCAACCACCUGAAGCCAUGACUGCUGAAAGUAACUUAGGUGAAAUAAUAGAUCCUUCUGAAAAUGGAAAUUUGGAGUAUCCGCAGUUAGUUGAACUAUGUGAACAGAUGGACUCAGAAGGACUGCACAAAUUUAUUUCUGACAACCGUAAGAACCUUGCGGUCCUAAAAGAGGAAAUUCCACUUGCUUUAAAGGCUGCAGCAAACCCAGCUCAAUUUGUGUUGAACUCUCUGGAAGAUUUUUACCCCAAGGAAGUGUCAAAUGUUGAUGGAAAGAAAGACUCAACCUUAUUGGGUGUCCGCCGAACCUGUAUCAUGUUGAUGGAAUGCCUUAGCAUUUUGUUAAUGUACACAGAUCUAGUUUCUAUAUCUGAUGUAAUUUCAGAAGAUGUUAAAGAUCAGGCAAAGGCUAUUGCUGAAGAGUGGAAGCCAAGAUUGGAUUCUUUGGACGUGGAUGCUAACAAUGGGAACUCCUUGGAAGCACAUGCCUUUUUGCAACUUUUAGCUACCUUUGGGAUUGCUUCUGAAUUUGAUGAGGAAGAGUUAUCCAGGCUAAUCCCAAUGGUUUCUCGCCGUCGCCAAGCAGCUGAACUAUGUCGCUUUCUAGGGCUGUCAGAGAAAAUGCCAGGUGUAAUUGAAGUAUUGGUAAAUAGUGGAAGGCAAAUUGAUGCAGUUAACUUGGCCUUUGCAUUUGACUUAACGGAACGGUUCUCACCAGUUCCUCUACUGAAAUCAUACUUGAAGGAGGCAAGAAAAGUUACUUCAUCAGUCAAGCCUGGAAAUGCAUCUCCCAUCACUGGGCAGAAUGAGGUCAAUGAACGAGAGCUGGCUGCCCUCAAGGCUGUGAUCAAGUGCAUCGAAGAGCAUAAACUUGAGGAGCAGUAUCCUGAGGAUCCGCUCCAAAAACGCCUUCUUCAGCUAGAGAAGGCCAAGGCAGAAAAGAAAAGGGCAACCGAAGCUGCCAAGCCUCAACCCAAGAGACCACGCGCCAGUGGCGUUGGAUGCGGCCCCCGCAUCACUAACGGUGCUCCUGAGAGGACAUUCUAUCCUAUAGUACCUGAUAGGUACCCACAGUACGUGUACGACAGGCCAUACAUUUACACUGGACCUGCCGACAACCAUGUUCCUGCACUCAUGAGUUCCGCUGCUACAUACAACUUCUCUCCCAGUCAUGGCAACUACUUUGGAAAUGGCUACCAGUACCAGGCCCCGUAUCAUCACUAGGUAGUAAAGAUGGCGAAAAGGUGACCUUGAUCCUCAUUUUAACUGCUAGCCUUAACCCGUCAGUUCGUUGAUGUUGUAUGAAUGAAUUUAGUAUCUAAAAAACCAAAAAAAAAAAAAAAAAAACUGCCAUGUGAAUUUUUAAUCUGCUGUACUAGAGAUAACUUGAUCCUCUAAUAUAUGCACUCUGUUUUCUGUAUA